GGUGCGCCAAACUCCGUCACAUUCACUUCCUCACUUCACCGUGCCAUUUUGCAUACUACUACACAAUCAUUCAUUACUACAACAUCUUUUCAAUUUUCCUUCACUUUUUAUCCAUUUUCACAAAUCACAACUCUAAAAUAUUUGAAAUUCAACGACAUUCACAAUUCACUUCAUAUUAUCCAACUCAAAUCUAGGGUGAAGAAGUUGUUCGUUCGAUUUUCAAAAUUUUGAGAAAAGAUGGCUCUGCAACAACAAUUAGAUAGGUUCAAGAAACAGCAAGAAAAGUGUCAAUCAACACUUUCGAGCAUUGCAGCAAGCAAGGUUGGUGGCAGAAAACCUAAUACUCCGGUAGUAGCUGCAGUAUCGACUAAUGGAAGAAAUGCAACAACUGGUAUCAAAUUCUCUAAAGAUACUGAGAGGCUUCAGCAUAUUAACAGCAUACGGAAAGCCCCCGUAGGUGCUCAGAUGAAGCGUGUUAUUGAUCUAUUGCUUGAGACACGACAAGCAUUUACACCAGAGCAAAUAAAUGAAGCAUGCUAUGUUGACAUGGGGGCUAACAAAGAUGUUUUUGACAGUCUGAGGAAAAACCCAAAAGUAAACUAUGACGGGCAACGGUUCUCUUACAAGGCAAAGUAUGGCCUUAAGGACAAAACUGAGCUUCUUCAACUGAUACGUAAGUAUCCAGAGGGCAUUGCUGUUUUUGACCUAAAGGAUGCUUACCCCACUGUGAUGGAAGACAUGAAGGCUUUGAAAGCUGCAGGGCAGAUUUGGCUGCUCUCCAACUUCGAUGCACAGGAUGACAUUGCAUACCCGAAUGACCCGAAAGUGCACAUCAAGGUGGAUGAUGACCUAAAACAGCUAUUUCGGAGUUUUGAGUUGCCUCGUGAUAUGAUUGAUAUAGAGAAGGAUCUUCAAAAGAAUGGAAUGAAGCCUGCUACCAACACUGCAAAGAGGAGGAGUGCAGCACAAAUUGAGGGCAUCUCUUCCAACAAGCCCAAGCCUAGGAAGAAGAAGAGUGAAAUUAGCAAGAGAACCAAGCUGACCAAUGCCCAUCUUCCUGAGCUUUUUCAGAACCUUUUAAAGUAAACAAUUCCUUAUUAACUCACUGCAAGAGUAGUGUAGUAUUGGUUCAAGUAGACAAUUUAUUAGCCUAUGUUAGAUCAACAGGUUGAAAAAUAUUCAGGAGGUUCUUGUAGCUCUGUCCUACUCUGAUAUUUUGUUUUUCAUUUUUAUACAUCAAGGUUGCUAAUGGACUGGCGUGAUCUGAUAACAGUUCUAGAAAUAAAUUGUGAAUUUGUAUAUUAUUAAAGCCUGGUUUAAAAUUUUAUUUUCA